AUGAGUAUACCUUCCGAUCGUGUUUCGCCGCCACCGUCGCCUUUCUCGUUGUCGCGAUCUUCUGGUGGACCGCCGACGCUGUGGCCUGUUGCGCAACAGUCAGUAGUUCAGUCGCGAGCAAGGAAGGUCAUGGCAAGUUCCGAACCGGAAGUGCUAUCCGUCGGGUCAAGGCGGACGGCGAAGAGUAAAUGCAGAGGAUGA